AUGUUCUUGAACGCCUCUGAGGCGGCCUGGGAAGAGUCUUCGGGUGCCGCCUCCCUGCUCUCUCUGGACCAACCGGAGGACUCCCUACCGUCAGACAUCCCGCCCCUCAGCAUGUGGGGCGUGGCCCUGUGCAUCUCGGGAACCCUGAUUGCCGCCGAGAACGCCAUCGUCGUGACGACCAUUUUGGCCACCCCCUCCCUGCGCGCCCCGGUCUUCCUGCUGCUGGCCAGCCUGGGGCUGGCCGACCUGCUGGCCGGCGUCGCUCUCAUCCUGCACUUCCUCUUCCUGUUCUGCCUGCAGCCCAGCCAUUGGUCGGAGCUGCUGACCUCGGGCCUGCUGGUCACCUCCCUCACCGCCUCUCUGUGUAGCCUGAUGGGCGUGGCUCUGGACCGCUACCUCUCGCUAAGCCACGCCCUCACCUAUGGCUCCAGCCAAUCGCGCCGCCGCGCCGCCGUCCUCCUGCUGCUGGUCUGGUUGGGCGCCGGCGCGAUAGGGGCGGGGCCAGCCAUGGGAUGGAACUGCCUGAACGAGCCCGCCUCCUGCUCCGUGGCGCGACCUCUGACCAGGACAUACCUGUCCCUGCUGUGCGGGGGCUUCCUGCUCGUCGUGGCGAUCACCCUGCAGCUGUACGCCGGGAUCUGCCGCGUGGCCCGGCGCCACGCGCACGCCAUCGCCACCCAGAGACACUUCAAGCCCGCCCACCAAUCGUAUGCAAGCAAACACAGCAGCGGGCGGGGCUUCUCCCGGCUCAUCCUGGUGCUCAGCGUGUUCGUGGGCUGUUGGAUGCCCUUCUCCAUCUGGGGGUUGCUAGGCGACGCGUCCAGCCCCCCGCUGUACACCUACGCCACCCUGGUGCCGGCGGCCGGGAGCUCCCUGCUGAACCCCCUGCUCUACAGCCUGAGGAACAAGGACAUCCGCAAGGUGCUGCUGCAGGCCUGCUGCCCGCACAGAUGCACACACAACAUGCACACACACAACCCCGUCGACGUGUAA